AUGUCCCAAAAUACACCUGUAGUCAACAGGCUACCACAAAAUGAUUCCACGACCGCGGACUCCAAAAUUGACCAUGACGCGUCGAUAAACUAUUGGAACAACGUUCCUGCCACCUCGAGUGGUAUGUUAGCCAUGCUAGGCGACCUCCCUUGGUAUACACGCAUCGAGCUGCGCGGGUCCAAAAACUUUCUAGCAAAAGUCCGACGAUUGACUCCUACACUUUCCAACCAACAAAAACUCGAUCUUGGUGUCGACUGCGGCGCGGGCGUCGGUCGCGUGACGAAGGGUUUCCUCGGCGAUGUCUGUAAGGUGGUGGAUAUUGUCGAGCCGGUAGAAAAAUUUACUCAAGCUCUCAAGGAAGGAGAGUUGGGACAGCGGGGCGUUGUAGGGGACGUCUACAACGUUGGUCUUCAGGAUUGGAACCCCAACAAGAAAUACGACUUGAUUUGGACCCAGUGGUGUGUGGGUCAUCUCACGGAUGCACAGCUGGUCGCAUAUAUCGCAAGAUGUCGUGACUGUUUGAAAGUCUCCGGAAUCAUGGUGGUAAAGGAAAAUCUCUCCACUGAUCCCGUCGGUAAUGACAUGUAUGACGAGUUGGACAGCAGUGUCACAAGAACGGAUUCAAAGUUCAAGGAGAUAUUCAAUACCGCUGGCAUGGAUGUUGUCAAGACCGAGGUGCAAAGUGGAUUUCCGAAGCAAUAUAAACUCUUACCGGUCAAAAUGUAUGCAUUGCGACCCAAAAAAUGA